AUGUGUUACGUGGGGAAAGCAACAAAGAUCUUCAUCUUCAUAGUUACGGUGUUAGUGGUUUCGGGUCUUGUAUUGGGAUUCGGGCUGCUUCGUCACGGCCACCAUAAGUCACUUUCGUACAAGUGCGACGGCGACUCUUGCGGCCCUCCUCCCAAUGUCUACCCUAAUGCACCACCUUUUUCUUCCUCCUCCUCUUAUAGCCCCCCUUGGCCCGCCACUGACUCUAACCAGCCUAGCCCUGACCCACCAGCCGUUGAGGAGGCUCCUCCUCCACCUCCAACACCUAUCACUGACCCAAAUCUUCCUCCACCGCAACUUCCUCCUGCUGCUGCUCCUCCUCCACCUCCUCUUUCGAGUACAGUGUUGCCGGUGCCACCCUACAAUCAGCCGACUCCGGUACUGGUGGCUCCUGGUCCAGUCGGACAAUAA